AUGCAGACCCUUCAGUACACAGUCGGUUUGAUUUGCGCUAUCCCGACUGAAUCAGUCGUCGCGUGCGCGAUGCUCGACGAGGAACACGCACCUCUAGAAGAACAGCCGCGAAACGACAACAAUGCGUACACUCUGGGAAGCAUCGGGCACCAUAACGUGGUAAUCGCCUGUCUACCCAAGGGCAAAUACGGGAUUGCGUCUGCCGCCAGUGUCGCCGCCGACAUGCUCAACACAUUCGAGUCCAUCCGCUUCGGCCUCAUGGUGGGCAUCGCGGGCGGAGCGCCGCACGACGCAGUCGAUCUUCGCCUGGGCGAUGUAGUCGUUGGCGCUGCCCAAAAACUUCAUGGAGGUGUAGUUGCCUACGACUUUGGAAGAGCGGUGCAAGAUCAAGAGUUUGAGAUUACGCGCUCACUCAACUCGCCACCAAAGUUAUUGCUGACUGCCCUCUCGCAGUUGGAAACAUACCACCAACUUAAAGGCAUGGAUCGGCUAAAUGGGUUCUUGUCCCGAGUCACCGACAAUCCGCGAUUGAGGAAGCGAUAUGGACGACCGAGUGUAAAGGAUGAUCGCUUAUACAAUGCAGAUUAUGUUCAUGCCCAGCAGGGUCUGCCAUGCUCGGCAGAGUGCGACGAUCGAGAAUUACGGCAGAGAGAAGAAAGAGAUGCUCUUCCAGGAGACAAUUUUUCUGUGCACUACGGAUUAAUCGCUUCUGCUGACAGAGUUGUUCGAGACGCAAAACUGCGAGACAAACUACGGCAACAGCACGAUGUUCUCUGUUUUGACAUGGAAGCCGCUGGACUCAUGGACAACUUCCCUUGCGUAGUCAUUCGAGGAAUUUGCGACUACUCUGACACUCACAAGGAUGAUAUCUGGCAAGGUUACGCGGCGGCAACAGCGGCAGCUUACGCAAAGGAACUUUUGCACAUAAUAUCACCGACAAAAGUCAUGCACGAAACCACGGCAGCCAUGAUCCAGACCAUGGGCAAUAGAUAUCAGCACUCUAUCUCGACGUCUCGUAUACACGGCGCCGAUGGUAGAAGAAAGAAAGAUGGUUUAUCCGGAGAUUACCCGGCAAGUUCUCGCAGCGGGUCCCAAUAUUCCAAUCCAGUGUCCAGGCCAAGCUCAGCAACUUCUUUGAAUUCAACUUCAAAUUUUACAGCCUCACUGACAGUCGUUCCUGCGAGGCAAGACCUAGAAAUCGUCCACCAUAUAAAUACCGGCCAAGGCUUUCUGGACGACAAAACCAGAAUUCCAGACCUUGCAGAAAGAUUAACAAAUGCAGAAAAGCAUUUCUCUCAAGCACGUACGAAGCUACUCGAAAGUCGUUCCUCUGACAUCCCAAGCCUCCUUCUCGUCUACAACGGCCUGAUGAGAGUGGAAUUGAACAAAACACUCAUCAAAGCAUAUUCUUUGUCCGAGAAAAAAUCGUCGUUGCGUCAAGCAUUUUAUUUCAACCAAUUGGCUCUUGAUAAUGCUCGUCUUAUGCCCCAUCCCGAGACAGAAGUGCCUCGGAUUCAUAUGCGGAGAGCCAUCUUGGUAGGCAGAGAGACAGAGAUUGAUUGUCGCCAGCCACGGGUAGAUCCUCGCUUGAUCGACGAGUGGAGAACAAAUGCACUGAAUGUUCUGCAUGAUGCGCGUCAUGAGAUGGUCAGAGCUGGUACUUCUGAAGUAGACCGCAAACUCAUUGCAUGGGCAGAUGGAUGGAUAUCCCGUGUCAUGCAGAUUUCCGCUCCCAUUAAUUGA